GGUCGGUGACGCAGUUCCGCUCGGCUGGGCGCGCGGUGGAUUGUCUGGGAAGCAGAGCCCGGCUGUGGCUGGGGUUUCGCGGCUCCAUAGCCCGGCAUGGCUUCCACACGAGCUUCCUCCACGGCAACCAAAACCAAGGCACCUGAUGACUUAGUCGCGCCUGUUGUGAAGAAACCACACAUCUACUACGGAAGUUUGGAAGAGAAGGAGAGGGAGCGUCUGGCCAAAGGAGAAUCUGGGAUUUUGGGAAAAGAAGGACUUAAAGCAGGAAUUGAAGCAGGAAAUAUUAACAUAACCUCUGGGGAAGUGUUUGAAAUUGAAGAGCACAUAAGUGAGCGACAGGCCGAAGUGUUAGCCGAGUUUGAGAGAAGGAAGCGAGCCCGGCAAAUCAAUGUUUCCACAGACGACUCAGAGGUCAAGGCUUGCCUUCGAGCCUUGGGGGAGCCUAUCACACUUUUUGGAGAGGGUCCUGCUGAAAGAAGAGAAAGGUUAAGAAAUAUCCUCUCAGUGGUCGGUACCGAUGCCUUAAAAAAAACUAAAAAAGAUGAUGAGAAAUCUAAGAAGUCCAAAGAAGAGUAUCAGCAAACCUGGUACCAUGAAGGACCAAACACCCUGAAGGUUGCUAGACUAUGGAUUGCUAAUUAUUCGCUGCCCAGGGCAAUGAAACGCUUGGAAGAGGCCCGUCUCCACAAAGAGAUUCCUGAAACAACUAGGACUUCCCAGAUGCAAGAGCUGCACAAAUCUCUCCGGUCUUUGAAUAAUUUCUGCAGUCAAAUUGGGGAUGAUCGGCCUAUCUCCUACUGUCACUUUAGUCCCAAUUCCAAAAUGCUGGCUACAGCUUGUUGGAGUGGGCUUUGCAAGCUCUGGUCUGUUCCUGAUUGCAACCUCCUUCACACUCUUCGAGGCCAUAACACAAAUGUAGGAGCAAUUGUAUUCCAUCCGAAAUCCACUGUUUCCUUGGACCAAAAAGAUGUCAAUUUGGCCUCUUGUGCUGCUGAUGGUUCUGUGAAACUUUGGAGCCUUGACAGUGAUGAACCAGUGGCAGAUAUUGAAGGCCAUACAGUACGGGUGGCCCGUGUAAUGUGGCAUCCAUCAGGACGUUUCCUGGGUACCACCUGCUAUGACCGCUCAUGGCGCUUAUGGGAUUUGGAAGCUCAAGAGGAGAUCCUGCAUCAGGAAGGCCACAGCAUGGGUGUGUAUGACAUUGCCUUCCAUCAAGAUGGCUCUUUGGCUGGCACUGGGGGACUGGAUGCAUUUGGUCGAGUUUGGGACCUGCGUACAGGACGUUGUAUCAUGUUCCUGGAAGGGCACCUGAAGGAAAUCUAUGGAAUAAAUUUCUCCCCCAAUGGCUACCACAUUGCAACCGGCAGUGGUGACAACACCUGCAAAGUAUGGGACCUUCGACAGCGGCGCUGCAUCUAUACCAUCCCCGCCCAUCAGAACUUAGUGACUGGUGUCAAAUUUGAGCCUAUCCAUGGGAAUUUCUUGCUCACUGGUGCCUAUGAUAACACAGCCAAGAUCUGGACCCAUCCAGGCUGGUCCCCACUGAAGACUUUGGCUGGCCACGAAGGCAAAGUGAUGGGCCUAGACAUUUCUUCUGAUGGGCAGCUUAUCGCCACUUGCUCAUAUGACAGGACCUUCAAGCUCUGGAUGGCUGAAUAGGCACGACCCUAGAAAAAGGACUCCAACCUCAAGCUCUCCCUUAAGAGCCAUUUUGUUGUAUCAUGUUUGUUGCCAGUUACCUCAGUACAUUGGAUUCUAUGUCAGCCCCUACUCCAAGCAGACAGCCCAGUUCCUGGGAGCUGGUGAACCCCUUUCAUGCUUGAAUUUUAAUGUCAUCUUCAAGCCCUGCCAGUAACUAUGUAGACAAUUGUUUUUAUUAAUCUUUUGUUUGAAUACCCUGUUGCCUUCCUCAUAGCACUCAGGAUUGUGGCUAGCUCCAUUUUUAAUUCUAGAAACUUGGCUUUCUGUUACAUGGUACAUGCUUCAGGACUACCUGUGGCCCAGAGAGCAAGGUAGCUGGACUGCAGUCUAGGAGCCCUGGAGUCAAGAGGCACAUCUCACCACAUACUGGUUAACGCCUGACAGAGCAAGAACCUUUCCUCUGCCCUGAGAAUGGGAGGUGAAGAGGUAGACCCACAGCGAUGCUCAGAGUUAUGCAGUAAAGAUUUUACCUCUUCCUGUUGACUUCACUUGGAAUGUACCUGCAUCAGGGAGCUUCAGGAAGCUCAGAACUGAACAUUUGCCUCAUUGGAAAAUGUCUUCCAUUUUUCUUUGAUGUUUGGCAUCCUUCGUGUUACCCCAAAGCUAGACCAUUGUGUCAAGAUUCAAUGAAAUUUUUAGAAAGCUAACAUGAUGUCUCUAUUGUGCAAACUCCUUUUUAUUGGUUAUUUAGAGGAUAUACCCUUCAUGUCAAGGUAACUGGAAAAAAUCCCUAAAGGGUAUUAUUAAACAUCAACUGUGACUUUUAUUACAUAUUUGCUACAGACUAAAAUCCUGUUUUGAAAGCUAUACUUCAAAUAAUUAUUUUGCAUAGUUAAGUCUUUUCUGAAUCUCAGCCUUGGGUUCAUCAAAGUCCCUGUUUUUUGGGUUGAGAUACAACGUGAUGUAUCAAAUAUGAUUACUCCAAUUUCUGUUCCCUUAAUAAGCACUCUGUUAAUCAUUUAAAAAAAUAUAGAGAGUGCUAUUGCAUUGUGGGCCCCACUACCAGUGAACUGUACAGGAUCUGGACUUAACUUUUACUCAUUGGCUACCCAGCUGUUGCCUUCACCUUUUUCCACCCCAAAUAUACAGUCACUAAACUCAAAGUACAAAGUAAAUUCAUACAAAAAUAUAGAAAUUUAGAAGAAAAGAUUGUAUAUAGAGCAUUCAAGGAGGGCUUAUAUGAUGGCUUCUCCUUGAAGUGUUGCACACACUUCACUUGCUAGUCCAGAGGGGCUGAGUGUAGCUUGUCUAGCUCUAUUUUUCAAGCUAUGAUUGUGUGAUAUAUAGCUAAAUGUUUAAUCUGGUUUCAGUUAUAACCAAAUUGUUGCAUAUCCUGUGUACUUGUUAAGCUUCUGAGUUCUCAACCCUGCUCUCUGUUGGGUACUGCACUAUUGUUUAUAAAGGGACACUAUUUCUUC